GCUGACUACCGCGGGAACAGGUGGUUUCUAUCUUCCAUGGGAUUAUGUGCAGGGAUAGAAACACUCAACAAUCAUGACGUAUUUUUACGUAAUACUAUUUUGGAGUAGUAUUCUUAUGACAUCUACGCUUUCUGUUGAACUGCAACACGGCCUUGUAGAACAUGCACAGGAGAAUGUAAAUUCAGAAAUCAGAGGGCGUCGUGGUGUAAUAGAAGAAGAAAAGUACUACAAUAUCCAGUCUGACAGCUCUAACAACAACAACGGCAACAGUCAGCCAGGCAAUUCAAACCAACCAACUCCUUGGGUACCUCAUACAUUUCUAUCAGAAGACCCUACAACGAGGGUAUCUCUUACAAAUGAAGAUGUUAAAGAGGUUUUACCUCUGUAUCAAACUACAGAAAAGGUUACUGAUAAACCAAUUGGCAGAGGAGCAAGGGCGUCCAAUGAAAAUUGGAUCAAACUGCCUUAUCCUGCUCGUGAUGAUUCUCAGGAUGACAUUCUGACACCUCCACAACCGAACGGUGACUUAAUCAAUUCUAGAAUGCCUAGAAUUAACUUCGUAACGCAAAACAAAGCCCUUGAAACCUCAGAGUCAAGAAAUGAUAAGGAAUCUAUUCAGCGGCCAUCAAGAAACAAUGAUAUUAGGACAGAAUUUGUGAGACCCGAUGAAGAUGGCAGAGCUAAGUUGUACAAACCAGUUUAUCCUCGGCAAGCAGUGUAUUAUCCUGAAGAAUCGAGGAGGUACUUCGAUGAUCGGGCGUACCCAGUAGAUGAUCUAUACAGGCGUGACCCUUACUAUGAUAUUUAUGAUCGAAGAAGAUUGAAUCCUGGCUAUGGACCAAGACCCAGAAUAGACAGAUACGACGAGCCCUAUGAUAAUUAUGUCUCUAGAAAACCGAAAAGGAUUAUUUACUAUGCUCAUUUGCCUGAGGUUGUACGUACACCGCCAAGUGUCGACUUAAGAUACAGAUACACAGCUGAUCCUUAUAGGCGUUUAGAUGAUGAUUAUUAUGCAAGGACAGGUAGGUACGAUUACAGGUUCAGGAAUAGAAAUCCUUACUCAUACGCGCCACUGAGAAAGGAAGAUAGGAAUUAUAGAGACUUGGCUGGAGCUGGUACAGUCGUCAAAGACAAGAAAAUUGAAGAUAAGGUGACACCAACACCGAUUUUGCCAAAAAAGGAAGAUUUGUAUAAAAAUAACGGGAAUGUUGCACCGAAUAGAAAUGCUAAUAGGAAUUUGAUUAAUAGCCAUCAAUAUCAUGACGAUGUGAGUGUGAACUACAAUGAGCCGUUAACACAUAAAGCUUUUCAGGAUGUAGUGAGGCCAGACGAAGGUUAUUUAAGAUACGAAGAGCCUUUGUUUCAAGGGACUGUAGAGGAUCCUUACCAGAGAAAAUAUUAAACGGGCGCAGUAAAUAUACUAUGUAAUACAAGACAUUUUUGGUCCAUUUUUCAUUAAACUUAAAAUUGAAAAAUAGACAAGAGAUGGCUUUUUGUGUAAGAGUAUAUGUUUUAAUAAUAGGUA